GCCCAGAGCUGCCCGCUGGGCGCGCGGACCUGAACCUGGCCAUUCAGCCAACGCUGCCCCUGCUGCGCUCGCUCAGCCUCUGCCUGAGAAGCAUAAACCAGAAGCAGUUUCUGCAUCCCAGCACAGGAUGGCAAAGGUGGCUAAGGACCUCAAUCCGGGAGUGCAAAAGAUGUCCCUGGGCCAGCAGCAGUUGGCAAGAGGAGUAGCUUGUCUGCGGUGCAAGGGAAUGUGUUCUGGCUUCGAGCCUCAUUCAUGGAGGAAAAUAUGCAAAUCUUGCAAGUGCAGUCAGGAGGAACACUGCCUGAGCUCUGACCUAGAGGAUGAUCGGAAAAUCGGGCGCCUGCUGAUGGACUCCAAGUACUCCACCCUAACUGCCCGGGUGAAGGGUGGAGAUGGCAUCCGCAUCUACAAGAGGAACCGCAUGAUCAUGACCAACCCUAUCGCCACAGGCAAAGACCCCACCUUUGACACUAUCACCUAUGAGUGGGCCCCCCCAGGAGUCACCCAGAAACUGGGCCUGCAGUACAUGGAACUCAUCCCCAAGGAGAAGCAGCCUGUGACUGGCACUGAGGGUGCCCUCUACCGCCGACGCCAGCUCAUGCAUCAGCUCCCCAUCUAUGACCAGGACCCUGCUCGCUGCCGUGGACUAGUGGAGACCGAGCUGAAAGCAAUGGAAGAGUUUGUCAAGCAGUACAAGAGCGAGGCCCUUGGGGUGGGUGAGGUGGCCCUCCCAGGGCAGGGAGGCUUGCCCAAGGAAGAGGGCAAAACACAGGAAAAGCCAGAGGGCACAGAGACAGCUGCCCCAACCACCAACGGCAGCCUGGGCGACCCAUCCAAGGAAGUGGAAUACGUCUGUGAGCUCUGCAAGGAAGCAGCCCCUGCUGACAGCCCUGUGGUCUAUGCAGACAGGGCUGGCUACAGUAAGCAGUGGCACCCCAACUGCUUUGUAUGCAUCAAGUGCUCAGAACCACUGGUGGACCUCAUCUACUUCUGGAAGGAUGGGGCACCCUGGUGCGGCCGCCACUACUGUGAGACCUUGCGACCCAGGUGCUCAGGCUGCGAUGAGAUCAUAUUCUCAGAAGACUACCAGCGUGUGGAAGACCUGGCCUGGCAUCGGAAGCACUUUAUCUGUGAGGGUUGUGAGCAGCUGCUGAGUGGCCGGGCCUACAUUGUCACCAAGGGUCAGCUUCUGUGCCCAACUUGCAGCAAGUCCAAACGCUCCUGAAGAGCUAGCCACCCACAGCCAGAACCUACUGGAUCCCACCAGCAGACUGAAGCCAGCCUAUGGGGCAGAUACAACAGCCAGCAAGCAAUGUCUGUUCUAGGUUGAGUGGUGGUAGAUCCUUGAGGGUCAGUAGUUUCAAAACCAGAAAUAUUCUAAGAAGGCUUAGAAUGCAUUUGUUGUUAUUUCCCAGAUGCAACCAACUAAAGACCCACUGGCAUCCUUCGAGGGAGCUCUAGGAGGAAUUUCCCAGAAUGCAUUUCUGAGGGAUCCAAUCAAGUAGCUGUAGGAUGUGCUUUUUCCGUGGACGCAGGAUCCCUCCAAGGGGCAUGCAGGGGUCUCAACUGUCACUUGUUUGCCUUUUUUUUUUCAAGUGAAAUUUGAAUUUUAAAUAACAUUUUGGCAUGAUAAACAUAUCAAUAAACGUCUUAUGAAUUUCCCACAUAC